UCCUCUUUGCUUUCGGUUCAAUAUGCUAAUCUUGUGUGCACAAACUUUAAUUUAAUGUGAUGUACUAUUUAGUAGGUUGACCUUCAGUGCCCUGUUUGGGCCAUUUAAAGAGGAUAUCAUUUUCACAAUCUCUCAUUUUUGGCUCAAAACAUAUCAACUAAGAAAACAUGUCCACUAUGCGUUGCAAAAAUGGAAAGAAAAAGAAAGGAGUGAUUAUUAGGUAGCCUCAAAUAAUCCUAUACUUUCUGUGUGUGUGUGUGUGUGUGUAGGUAUAGGAGUCCUACAGCUCCAAACUAACCAACUCGAUCAUGAAAAUUAUGGAGCAACUCUGCAAGAGCUCUUCUUGUUGUUUGCCAAGUGUUUGUGCCAUUGUUAUGUUGUUACUGUCCUUUGCAGCCGGAGAUUACCCUAAAGAGCAAGAGAUGGACAGGGUCACAGACUUGCCAGGGCAGCCUUCAAAUGUGGACUUCUCACAGUACUCCGGCUACGUAACGGUGGAUCCGCCGAUUGGCCGGAACUUAUUUUACUGGUUGAUUGAAGCUCCGGCCAGCAGGGAUCCAAUGUCCAAGCCACUUGUUCUGUGGCUCAGUGGUGGCCCUGGUUGCUCCUCUGUUGCUUAUGGAGCCUCAGAGGAAAUUGGGCCUUUUCGAGUUCGUCCAGAUGGGCUCACUCUCACCGUCAGCCCAUAUGCUUGGAGUAGAGAGGCCAAUUUGCUUUUUCUUGAUUCUCCGGCUGGAGUUGGUUUCUCAUAUUCAAGUACUGUUUCUGAUGUAAUCAAUGUUGGAGACAAGAGAACUGCUGAAGAUUCUUAUACGUUUCUUGUCAAAUGGUUUGAAAGAUUUCCUCAAUACAAGCACAGGACUUUUUACAUUGCAGGAGAAAGCUAUGGAGGUCAUUACGUUCCUCAGCUAUCUCAACUUAUAGUGCGCAGGAACAAAGGCAUCAAAAAUCCUAUUAUUAAUUUCAAAGGUUUCUUGGUAGGCAAUGCCCUUUUUGAUGACUAUUACAAUAAUAUUGGGACAUACGAGUUCUGGUGGAACCAUGGUCUGAUAUCUGAUUCAACAUAUGAGGCAGUAAUUAAGUUUUGCUCAAAUGAAUCCUUUAUACAUCCUAGCGACAACUGUAACGAAGCUCUGUAUCUCACUAGGGUUGAGGCUGGGAACAUUAAUCAGUACAGCCUCUAUAGGAGAAAAUGCGAAGAAACUGGGACUCUUGGGCAUCACUGGAGUCCACUGCAAUGGAGGUUCGGAGGAAACGAUGGGACUUGCAUUGUGAAGUACACAAAAAUGUACUUGAAUAGGUCGGAUGUGCAAAAGGCUCUUCAUGUAAAUAGUGCAAAGAUACCUCAUCCAUACACAACUUGCAAUGAUGAUGUUAGAGGUAACUAUUCAGAUUCUUCAAGUUCUGUGCUUCCCAUAUUUAAAGAACUUAUAGCUGCUGGUAUCAGGAUCUGGGUACACAGUGGUGAUACGGAUCUUGCUGUUCCAUUGACUUCAACUCGAUAUUCUAUUAAAGCCCUAAACCUAAAGACCAUAAACAACUGGCACGCCUGGUACGAUUACAAAGACCUACAACAGGUUGGUGGGUGGAGCCAAAUAUACGAUGGUCUAACCUUUGUGGUUGUGAGAGGAGCAGGGCACGAGGUUCCACUAGAACGCCCUCGACUUGGAUUCAUCUUGUUUCAGCAUUUUCUAACGAAUUCACCAAUGCCAGAUCCACCAUCUUAAUUACAACAAUUUGUGUGUGUGUGUGUGUGUGUGUAUAUGUUAUAUUAUGUUGGUUCAAGUAUUGCAUUGGGUAUAACUGUAUAAGUACCCUUCUAAAUUAUAUGUAUUUUUUCCUUAAUCUCUUGUUGCAUGUGUAAGAGGUUUUGUUUUUAUUGUGUUGCUUCCCUAACCUUUGGGGGGUUGUGACUCAUGUGAGAGAUUUGUGUUGCAUUGGAUAUAAGUACCCUUCUUAAUUCCAUAAUUGCAUCUUUUAUAAUAAAAAUUAUCGCUGCAGUUUUUCUGUUUUCA